GGAUCUGGUGUUUGCUGCUGGGGCUGAGAAGCGAGUGCUCAGGGGAGGCGUGCGGCUGGCCGUUGGGAUGGCUGUGAUGAUCAGGGGAGCCUGAGCCGGGCGGCCCCGCUCCACGCCAUGCUGCGCGCACCCCCCGCCAUGAUCCAGCCGCCACUGGACAUCAAGCAUUUCCUGCCCUUCCCCAUGGAGGCGCAGCCAGCCGUGGGCCUGUUCCCAGGAUUCAGCACGAUGGAUCCGGUGCAGAAGGCGGUGAUUAACCAUACCUUCGGGGCGCCCCUCGGCAAGGCCCGGCGCCCCGUCAUCUCCUGCAACGUCUGCCAGAUCCGCUUCAACUCGGAGAGCCAGGCCGAGGCGCACUACAAGGGGAACCGACACGCCCGGCGCGUCAAGGGCAUGGAGGCAGCCAAGACGCGGCAGAAGGAGUCGGGGCCCCGCGAGGGCGACAAGCUGGGGCCCGUGGGCAGCCCCAUGUCCAGCGUCAGCGAGAGCGACUCGGACAAGCCAGCCGAGCAGCAGAACGGGCUGGGGGGGACAGCGCCCUCGACGCUCGCCUCACCCUUCAAGCCGCCCUACCUGGCAUCUCCGGUCCCAGCCGUGCCACCCAACCAGGCCUCCUUUGCAGAAGCGAGCCAGGAGCCCAGGGACACGCUGGCCAUGGGGGAUGUGGCGUCAGUGCCUGCUGGCACCUCUGUGCCCAGCAACAAUGGCAGCGUGGGGCCAGGGGCGAUCUCCAAGUCAGACGAGGAGAAGGCCAAGAAGCUGCUGUACUGCGCCCUCUGCAAGGUGGCUGUGAACUCCCUGUCGCAGCUGGAGGCCCACAACAAAGGUACCAAGCACAAAACCAUCCUGGAGGCGCGCAGUGGGCUGGGGCCCAUCAAGGCAUACCCGCGGCUGGGCCCCACGGCCAGCGGGGAGCCAGGCAGCCAGGACCCCAAUGCUCAGGAGCGCACCUUCCACUGUGAGAUCUGCAACGUCAAGGUCAACUCAGAGAUCCAGCUCAAACAGCACAUUUCCAGCCGGAGACACCGGGAUGGGGUAGCCGGGAAGCCCAACCCCCUGCUGAGCCGGCACAAGAAGCAGCGCAGCUCAGCCGAGCUGGGGAGCCCCCUGGCCUUCCCCAAGGACCUGCCCAAGUCGCUGGCAGCCGGACUCCUGCCCAGCCCCUUGGCCAUGGCAGCAGCGAUGGCAGCCGCAGCCUCCGCCCCCCUGACGCUGCGCCCAACGCCCCCACUCCUGCAGGGGCCUCCCCUGACGCACCCGCUGCUGCGUCCGGCCCCGGGGCCCAUCAGAACUGCUCACGGGCCCAUCCUCUUCUCGCCGUACUGACGCCCGCUGCUGUGCCCCUCGACGCCCACCUCCGCUGGACCCGCCCGGCGCCCACUCGAGCUCCUGGGUUCUGGGCGGGGGCUGGGCGGGGCUUGGGGCCUUUCGUUUCUGGCUUUUUAACUGGAAUUCGGAUCCUUUUUCCCCAGAAGAAAAGGGACAAGCCCAUCCCUCGCCCGCCCCCCAGCUCCGUCCUCCCAGGCCCAGCCAACUCUGCACAAGUGCUGGGCCCCCCGGGGAAGCGUCCGAGGGGACCCCCACAGCCCCCUUCAUUGCUCUUUUCUCCCUGGUACCAAGCGUGGAGGGGAUCUGAAUCUUGGGAGAAGGACGGGGGAGGGGAGAAGCCCCCCGUCAGACUCCAUGGAGUGUCAGGUUGGGGGGGCAACCCCAGAUCGGGGGGAGGGUCCCCCGGUACCUCAGGGAACUGAUCGCAAGCAAUCUUUUUUGUAUCUCUCUCUCCAUGGGGAGGCGCCCCCAUCCCUCCCAGAGCUGGGGGGCUCCCUACAGCCCCCCAGCAAGAUCCAUGUGGGGGCAGGGAGCCCGCCAGCUACACAAGCCAUGUCCAUUUGCACUGAGCCCGGCCCGCCAGGAGAACGGACACCAUUGCAAUAACGUUGGGGCCUGGGCUGCCCCGUGUACAUAGCAUCCCCCACCCUCCCCCGUGCUUCCUCCCGCUGCCACCACGGCCCCUGGCCAGCAGCCUGCGGCCCACACUGUGCCCCCCGUGCCCGCCCCCUACCCUUCGGGCAGGAGCUUUGUGUCUAGAGGUAGCGCCCUCCCCCCUGUCCCUAGGGAGCCACUGGCUGGGCCUGGCCUGAGCCCCCUGCCAUGGGGCAGGAGGCUGAGGGGAAGCCCCAAAUUUGGGUGAUAUUAUCAGCUGUGCUGAGAAUGAGAGGGGGUGUCCCAGCUGGUGGGAUAGGGGCUGGGGAUGGCCACCCUGUAGGGCAGGACUGGAUGGGGGUCCACAGGGCAGCCAGGGCACUUGCUCGGAUGCUUCAGGGACGGAGCCCCGGCCAGGCCCUGGGGGUCUGAUCCAAGUGGGGCAGGGGAACCCAGCCUGGGCUGUGUGGGUGCCCAGCUGUUACCUCCCUGGGGCUGCAACCCAUGCUAGACUCUGCCUCCCCCCCCCACCCACGGCCUGAGGGGCUCAGCCCAGGCAAUGGGCACAAGCUGAAUCACCCUUUGCCUUGCCAUGGGGCCCCUGCUACCCCAAUAGGGAGUAAGGGUGGGGUUCCCUGUGCCAGGGAGCAGGUGGUGCCCCAAGUUCCAGGAAGGACCCCUCCCCCCAUGUGUAGGGGGUCAGCUGGCCAAACCCUAGCUCAAAUACCUGGGAUGGAGAGGCUGGGGUUAGGGUGUGCAGGGGAUAGGGGGUGCCCCUUGGGGGCCAGGGGAAGGGAUGCGGUGC